GCAGCAGUGGCAGCUCUCUGGGUUCCCCCACUGGCUUCCCCACAAGGUGAGAAGAGGAGGUGCCCUCCAGCCCAAGGUGUGCCCCAUAUCUUCUCCAGACCAGGUGCAGGCCAAGGUGAGCUGGGCCUUCAUCCCUGCUUCUCUGGACAGAAGGUGGCCAGAUGGCUGCCAAAGCAUCUUCCCUCUGGGAGAACCUUUCCAGCAGCUUCCUGACUUGCACCAUUUGUCUGGGGCACUAUUGUCAGCCCAAAAUCUUACCCUGCCUCCACAGUUACUGCCAGGACUGUCUGAAGAAACUGCUAGGUGGGUCAAAGCGGGAACUGCGGUGCCCUGAAUGCCGUGAGCCGGUGCCUCUCCCAGCUGGCAUUGAAGGUUUAAAGACCAACUUCUUUAUCAAUGGCUUCCUGGACUUGGUACCUCCGGUUGAGAAGGCCAGGGCCACCUGCAGCCUGUGCCCGCUCAUUGGGCAAGAUGCCAGCUCUGUCGCUGUGUCUCACUGCAUCGAUUGUGCUGACCAUCUGUGUCAGGCCUGUGCCCUUGGGCACCGUUGCUCCCGACUUACCCACAGCCAUCUCGUGGUAGACAUGGAGGCUUACCGUUCUGGGAAGUACAAUGAGGAGGUCCGGAAACGUCAGGCCUCACGCUGCAAAGAGCACAAGGACGAAGACUUGCAGUAUUUCUGCAUUCCCUGCGCUGCUGCCCUCUGCCGAGAGUGUCGUCUUGGCCCUCACCUAGAGCACCCAUCCCUGCCCCUGUCGGAGGCCGCAAAAGCCCGCCGUCCCGUCAUCACAGGCCUCUUGGCUGGGGUGGAGGAGAAGAUGCAGCUCAUCGCCAAGGGAAAGGCUGACCUAGAGAACGAGAUAAAGGAGAUGGAGGUGUGGAACAUGAACAUUCAUAGCGUGAUAGAGCAGACGUGUGCCAAGGCCAUGGAACAGUUGCUCAACCACAAGGGAAAGGUCCUGGGCCAACUUUCUGGCUACUUGGAGGAGCAGAAGGAGGCCUCUCGGCUGCUGCUUUCUGAGCUAGGGUUCCAGGAGCAGGUGGCCUCUACCACAGUGACCUUCACCCAGAAGGUGCUGAAUCUGGGUCAAGAGGAGGAGAUCGUGUCCUUGGAGCAGAUGAUCUCGGAGAGGCUGAGGCAGCUGCAGAGCUUCUCAUGGGAGACCCUCGCCAUGCAGGUCCCCAAGCUCCGCAUCCAGCCAGACCUCCUCUGCGGCUGCAACCUGUUCCACCUGGAAUUUCAUGAGAAGGCCACAGCAACCACAGAGUGCAACGUGGGGAACUCCACCAAACUGGCUAAGAAGAAAGCAAAGCAGAGGCAGAAGCAGCCCCAGGGAGCAGAAGGGGGCGAGGCCUCCAGACAGGAAAAGGCCCCAAAUGGGGAAAGCUCUGGGCUGGUGGAAGUUGGUGGGCUUCCUUCCUCCAAUGGGCCAGAGGUCCCCCGCUUGAUCCCGAAGCCUGUCUUUUUCUGCAGUUUCUGGGGGAAAGUCCCAAGUGACAAGAAGCAGCCACAAAUCACGGGUUUGUGCCCACUUGGCUCCAGCGAAAUCCUCAUGGCCGAUGAGCAGAACAAGAAGUUGAAGCGCUUCUCUCUGCAGGGCGAGUUCAAGGGCACAAUUCCAGUGCCGAGCAAUGUGGCCCCGUUCAGCGUGGCUGCCGUGGGUAACAAGGUGGUCUUCACCGCUGGAUCUCAGCUCUAUGUUUUAAAUGAAACAGGGGGGAUUAUAUGGCAAAAGGCACUCAAGGGGGGCCAGGCCAGCCACGCAGUGACCACCUGUGACGGGAACUGCGUGGUCGUGUCUGUGGAAGGACAUCUGGAGGUGUUCAACAUGAAAGGACAACUCUUGGAGAAGAUUGUGCCAGAGGGCUCUCACGACAGGUGCCUGGUAUUCCUGGGCAGAUGGAAAGAGGGAUUUGUGGCAUCUGACUGGUACCGACAUAGUGUGGUGCUGCUUGCCAGGAAUGGGGAUCUGGUGACCGAAUUCCAGGAAGGGCAGUUGAGGGAGUCUCAACCGGGCAGCGUCUGUGUUGAUGCCCCCGGGAUCGUCUAUGUGGUACUUCAGGAGCUGAACAAGGUUGUGGCCUUUUCAGAGGCCGGGGAGGAGCUGGGAUCUUUUCUCACAGCAGAGAACAACAUCUUCAAGCCACGAAUGGUCACCAUUGCCGGGGACGGACAUUUUGUGGUAGCCCUCACCAAUGGCACUGUCCAUGUCUUUAAGAUCAAGUACCAGGGCAAGUGAAUGGGGAGCAGGCCCUGGGGAUGGGGCCAGGAGGGGGAUGGGGGGGGCACUGCACGUCUGCAGGGUUUCAGAUGGGAGCAGAAACUCUUUGGCAGUGGGUUGGCUCUAAAACCUGUGUGUGUGUGUGGAGGGGUGUUCAGGCCCCCAGGUAACCCAUCACUGUGUGAAGGGCUGUGUCUCCAGAAGGCUGGGCCUCUCCCACUGCCCCAGUCCUGCCUAGGAAUACUGAGGGUGGACAGAAAUGGGUGGCAUGAAUUUUGCUCUUGGAGAGGCCAGCUGGCCAGAGGGCGGGGUGUCUUCUAUGGGCAGGAGAUGGCGAGGUGCCACAGCAACCACAAGAGAGGAGGUUGGCUGGCUGAAAGAACACUGGGCGCUCCUGGCAAAGGCCUCCUUCUCCACUCUAAGAGGCAGUUAGCAAGGGAGGAGAGAUGGUGACUGGAGAGCUUCAGGCCUCUCAGGAGAAAAGGCUCUGAACGUUUGGCGCCCAGCGAAUGUAAACUGGGCUGCUAGAAUCUGGGCUGCAUAUCUCUAGGUCAGCUGCCUGGGAUGCCUCCCCGCGCCCCCCCUCCCCCCAUGUUUCUGCUCCUCCUGAGGUCUAUAGGCAUCUUUAACCAGGGAGGGAGAACUUGCCUGGGCUUCUGUGCUAGUGCAGUCACUUAGGGUGCAUUGGCAUUAAGCUAAUGGGGGGGGGGGAGCUUUGUUGCAUUCAUCCUGGCGGGCUUCUCAUGAGUAGUCCAGAUUAGAGAAAGCACAAGGACAGGUGUUUCUCGUGAUGAGAGAGCAGUGAACAAAAGCCUGCCAUCUCUUUUAUUAGUUAUCAAAAUACAGUGUCAUCAGAAGGCGUUAUUAUGGCUACACAUCUCAUAUUACAUGCAUGAAGAAGAAAAGCAUCCAUAUAUUCUCCAUAUAGGUUUCACAUUCUACCAAUUACAGUAAAUCACGUGAAUUCUAGGAAAGCGAAAGUUAAGGAAAAACUAAACUCAAUUCUCCCAGCUUCUGCCUUCUGCUAGCAGAGAGGCCCAUCUCCCCGUCUCCCCGCUAUCAGAGAUUACCUCAGCCCUCAGGAAUGUAGCACAAGGAGAUGUCUCUGCCUUUGCAAAUACAGUCUAUGUUCUGAACAAAGAGAGAACGAAUAGGGCCCUUCAGAGAGUAUCCAGCUGAACCCGCUUUUUCCACUUAGAUUAUUUCGGUGCUAAGCUCCAUACACGUGUCCAACCAGUUAAACUGGUCUAUACAUGUACUAUGGCCACCGCAUUCCCACAGAGCUUAAUAUGCUUGUUGCCUGCCUUUAGCCCUCUGUGCCAGCAAUGCUGCAAACAUGACUCUGUGGGGAUGCCUUAAGGGGUUUCAGAAUGAGUUACCUGGUGUUCCUCUUUCAAAUGUUUGGGAAAAUAUUUGAUUUGCCUUUUAACUGUAAUUUCUAUUAGCCUUUACUCAGCCAUUGUAGCUAAGAAAGGCUGUGGAAACAUGAGGUCAGAGGUUUCCAAGAGCAAAAUAUUGUCACAUGAAUGAUUGGUUGGCAACUCUGCAACAAUGGAGCUGGCAGCAGAGAGAUGUGGGCAACGGGUAGGCCAAGAAGGGUCUUGGCGGUGACUGUGUAUUGGCUGUGUGCGUAUCUCCUUCUGUAGCCACCAGAGGGCACAUUUCUCUAAACUUUGGGAUUCUCUGAAGCUGUGGGUUGAAGUUGGGGUUCGGCUCUGUCUGUGGGGCUGGGCUUCUGUUUCCAAGCCAUCUUUUCAGAGGGCAGGUAGGGGGUUCCCAGCAGCAAAGGAGAGCCCCCCUGUCAGGAGAACCUGUGAGCCAAGUCACUUUGGCCACACUAAUUUGGGACACUAUGUCAUGUUGCUGACAUUGCAGGGAAGAAUGGGGAGGGCUGGUCAAAGGUCAUCCCAGUAAGAUUAGAUUAACAGAGUUGGAAGCGACCUUGUAGGUCAUCUAGUCCACCCCCAUCCCCCUGCCCAAGCAGGAGACCCUACACUGGGUGUCAGCUACUGCAGCUCCAGAGGCGCAUGCGACUCUUUCGUCCUCUUGCUGUGACUCCCCAUCGGCUGAACCCACCACUAGCUGGCCCCACCCCCUGCCCUCCCCUUCCAGUCACUCGUGUCAUGUGACUGGGUGGGAGUGAGUGAUGUUGAGUUGGCCUCUGUGGCUCCCUGUGUUUUCUUUUCUGUGGGAAAUGGGUCCAAAUAGCUCUUUGAGUGUUUAAGGUUGCAGACCCCUGCCCUCCACCAUUUCCGACAAAUGGCAGUCCAGUCUCUUCUUGAAAGCCUCCAGUGAUGAAGCUCCCACAACUUCUGAAGGCAACUUCUCUUCCUUUGGUUGAUUAUUCUGUCAGAAAAUUUCUCCUUAUUUCUAGGUUGAAUCUUUCAUUCAUUAGUUUCCAUCUAUUAUUCCUUGUCUGGCCUUCAGGUACCUUGGAAAAUAGCUUGACCCCUUCCUCUCUGUGGCAGCCCCUCAAAUAUUGGAACACUGCUAUCAUGUCUCCCCUGGUCCUUCUCUUCACUAGACUAGCCAUGACCAGUUCCUGCAACCGUUCUUCAUAUGUUUUAGUCUCCAGUCCCCUCAUCAUCCUGGUUGCUCUUCUCUGCACUUUUUCUAGAGUCUCAACAUCUUUUUAUAGUGUUGUGACCAAAGCUGAAUGCAGUAUUCUAGGUGUGGUCCUACUCAGGCUUUAUAGAAUGGUAGUAGUACCUCACUUGAUCUUUUUUUUAUAAUACAAAUGUUUUUUAUUUUUAUAAUCAAACAUACAAACAAUACAUAAUCAAUCAUUGAAUAUAUCUUCUAAUACAUCUUUUAUAUCUUCUUCUUCUUCUUACUUCUCUAUUAAUACAUUUGCCUUUCUUUUUAUUUUAUUAAAAAUUAUAAAACAAUUUUAUCCCCAGCACCCCUCAACCCCCCAAAGCUGGAUGCAGUAUUCUAGGUGUGGUCUUACUCAGGCUUUAUAGAAUGGUAGUAGUACCUCACUUGAUCUUGAUUGUAUCCCUCUGUUAAUGCAAUUUAGGAUUGCAUUGGCUUUUUUGGCUGCCGCUGCACACUAUUGGCUCAUAUUUAGCUGGUUGUCCACUCAGAUGCCAAGAUCCCUUUCACAGUUACUGCUGUUAAGCUGGUUUCAUCCAACCUAUAUUUGUACUUUUCGUUUUUCUUGCCUAAGUGUAAGAUUUUACUUUUCUCUACAUUGAAUUUCAUUUUGUUAGAUAGGGCCCAGUGUUCAAGUCUGUCAAGAUCCAUCUGGAUCUUGAGCCUAUCUUCUAGGGUGUUAGCUAUUCCUGCCAGCUUAGUAUCAUCUGCAAAUUUGGUAAAUUCCCCUUCUAUUCCCUCAUCUAAGUCAUUUAUGAAGAUAUUGAAGAGUACUGGGCCUAUGAUGGCACCUUGUGGUACCCGACUGCUUACUUCUCUCCAUGUAGACGCAGAUCCAUUAAGGACUACUCAUUGGGUAUGGUUUGUCAGCCAGUUAUGAAUCCAUCUGGUGGUGAUGCUACCUAUCCCACUUUUUUCUAGCUUACCAAGAAGUAGGUUGUGGUCUACUUUGUUGAAUGCCUUGCUGAAGUCUAAGUAUAUUAUGUCCACAGUAUUUCGCUGGUCUACUAAUUUAGUCACUAUGUUGAAGAAUUAAAUAAGAUUGAUUUGGCAUGAUCUGUUUUUAACAAACCAGUAUUGAUUGCUAGUAAUUACUUUACUUGUUUCUAGAUAGCAAUAGCAAUAGCACUUAGAUUUAUAUACUGCUUCAAGUGCUUUACAGCCCUCUCUAAACUGUUUACAGAGUCAACAUCUUCUUGCCCCCAACAAUUUGGGUCCUUUUUUUUUUUUUGAAAAAAGUUUUUUAUUUUUAAACAAAACUUAAAACAACCAUCAUCCAUUACAAUUACAGAAAGUGUAUCGAUAGGUUACAAAUCUUUUGUGCUUAAUCCCAUAUCCAUAUUCUCAUUUAUCAAUUAUUUAACAAUGGCUUAUCUCCCAUAAAAAAACCCCGCUUUAUAUAUUUUAUUAUUACAUCCAUUUCAUAUUUCAUAUUUCAUUUCCAUGCUUUAUUAGUUGGUAAAAUAAGUGCCAUAUCAAAUAAUAUUGUUUAUCUUCCUGUUCUCUAAUUUCAAAUGUCAAUUUGCUCAUUUCAGCACAUUCCAAAAUUUUCUUGAUAACAUCAUCAUCAGUAGGUAUCUUCUCUCCUUUCCAGUUUUUAGCAAAUACAAUUCUAGCCGCUGUUAAGACAUUCACAAUUAAGUAUCUCAGUCCUCUGUUAUAUGUUUCUGGUACAAUCCCUAAUAAAAAUAUCUCUGGUUUAAAAUCA